AAGAAUUAAGAUCAGUAGUAUUGUAAGGGUAUGGUUGCUGUAAGGCUUUGUUUGUUCUUAAGAUUUCUUACUGUGGUAUUUUGUUUUGCAGUAUUAUGUGCCAAGAAUCUUGCAAAGAAAGAUUUCUUCAGACUUCCUGACCCAUUUGCAAAAAUAGUUGUUGAUGGGUCAGGUCAGUGCCACUCAACUGACACUGUGAAGAACACGUUGGACCCCAAAUGGAACCAGCACUAUGAUCUAUAUGUUGGGAAGACAGAUUCCAUAACCAUCAGUGUAUGGAACCAUAAAAAAAUCCACAAGAAGCAGGGAGCUGGCUUCCUGGGGUGUGUCCGACUCCUCUCCAAUGCCAUCAGCAGGCUAAAAGAUACUGGAUACCAGCGUUUGGAUCUAUGCAAACUAAAUCCCACAGAUACUGAUGCUGUGCGAGGCCAAAUAGUGGUCAGUUUACAGACACGGGACAGAAUAGGCACCGGAGGUUCUGUAGUAGACUGUAGAGGGCUUUUGGAGAAUGAAGGAACGGUUUAUGAAGAUUCCGGACCAGGGAGGCCACUGAGCUGUUUUAUGGAAGAACCAGCACCCUACACAGACACUACAGGGGCUGCAGGUGGAGGCAAUUGUCGCUUUGUAGAGUCCCCCAGUCAAGAUCAGAGGCUUCAGGCACAGCGACUUCGGACUCCUGAAGUCAGAGGUCAUGUACAGACACCUCAGAACAGACCUCAUGGUCACCAGUCUCCUGACCUACCUGAAGGCUAUGAACAGAGAACAACGGUACAGGGACAGGUUUAUUUUUUGCACACGCAGACUGGAGUUAGCACAUGGCAUGACCCUAGGAUACCAAGGUAUGUAUUUCUAGUUACAAACUCAGGGCCAUGGGGUGGGAUUCUGUGCAUGUACAGAUGUAAGCUGAAUCUUUUAGAGCAAAAAUCUGUGAAAUCUUUAAGAGUAAUAAUUAUAAAGCAGACUAUCUAAACCUAAAGGGAGAGA